CCCCCCGCCGCCGCCCGCUACCGCCGCUACGCGACUGCGAACGGCGCGGCGCGGUGCGGUCGCGUCCGCACUGAGCACUCCGCGUCAUUGAACAACAAGACUCGCUUGAUGGCAGCCGCCUUUUUGCCAAUAUGAAAACAAGAGUUCAGAGAAACACUGUUACAAAAUUCGCGAUAGUGGAAUUUAUAUGUUAUCUUUUUUUUUAAAUUAUUUAUUUUUAUAGUGUUACAAUAUAAAACGACUUUUAUUUAUUAGUGAAUUAUAGUAAAUUAUAUGUAAAAGCGCUUUGCGGGUGUCGUAAUCUUCGUGUAUCGCCCUGUGAUUGUUUUGUUUUAAAGUAGUCUAGACCUCUCUAUGCAAGUUUAGUGUCAGUGAUAAUUUUGGUGAUAAUGCAAGCAAAUUCACAACGAAUUUGCCAACGGCGAUAGUGUGAUCGAUGGUCUACAAGUGUACUCAACGACGUGAUAACACAGUCGUUAAAAGUAUCUUCGCUCAGUGACACUGGAAACAGAAGAUUACAGCCAACAUUUCUAAAAAUAAUGCUCUCGGUACAAGUGCCGGGGUGCGCGGGCAUGGAGCGGCUGGGCGCGCCGGGGGGGCCGCGUCUGCGCCACGACAGACACCACCACACAACACUGGAAUGGGAGAAGCAGCAGCGCCUGCAGGCGAUGGUGGGGCGGCUUCAGGAGAUGGUGGAACAGGAGUCCCGGGCACGGUCCGCCGCCGCCGCGGAGCGCCUCGGCCUGCCGCCCAGCAUACAGCUGCCGGACGGCGAGUACGGCCAGGACGCGCACCUGCAGCUCAGAGUCCCUUACCAGGUCCCAAGCAGAGCUGACCAGAAGCAGUUUCCAGCCACCACCGAACAAGUGCGUGAGCGACGUGCCCGAGUGGGCCGGCGAGGCGCGGCGGACGGUGGGGGGCAGCGGCGCGGGCAAGAAGGACGGGCUGCUGCAGAAAGCGACGCGCUGGUGGGUGCGCAUGCGCCCGCCUCCCGCCUACCUGCCGCCCUCUGCGCCGCCGCCCUGCGUCAUGGUGCCACGCCGCGCCGCGCCCUCGCCGCCGCCCGACGCGUGACGCCGCCCGCCCCCGCCACCUCUACCAUAUCACGCUUACAUUCCAUUAUCGGGACGAUCAGACUCGCAGUGCCGCGUCCCGGAGUAUUAUAGACUUGAUAAUUUAUUUAUUUGGGACUCGCGGUCGCGGGGCGCGAGCGCGUGCCUUGUGAUAUGUGCGCCGGACGGGGCGGGCCCGCCGCGCCUGCAGC